UAUAAUUCACGGAAUUCGCUGUAAUUUGCGGAUAACCUCAAUAUUGGCUUUCUACUUUCCAUACAUUUUAUUGUAUUUAUAAUUUUAUUUAUUAAUAAUGAAUAGAAAAUCCAAAAUAAAAUGCGGUUUUUGCGGCUGGAUAAUAAAUGUUGGUUCCUGUGCCAAUAUUGAAAAGCACAAAUGUUUUGAAAAGUAUAGAGAGGAGCUCCACUUGUUACAUAUUGAUGAAAACCAUGUAGCAACAAUGAUUCCACGAUAUGGUCACAAUAAAAAUUCAGAAAUAAAUACAUCAGCCGUAAUCCGUGUCGAAAAUAACGUUGAAACAAAGUCUGAUGAUGGUACUGAUGAAACUCUUAUUGAGCUAGUAUUUGAAAGACCUGCUCUUUGGAACUACAAGUUACCAUUACAAGACAGGACAAAUUUGAAAAAAGAUGCACUUUGGUUGGAGGUCUCAAAUAGGAUGGGAGGAGGUGAUUUAAUAUAAUAUAUUUU